AAACCCCUCCCCUACCCACUCAACACCCUCCCCUAACCGCAUAAACCCCUCCCCUACCCACUCAACACCCUCCCCUACCUGCCCAAACCCCUCCCCGACCCGCCAAAACCCCUCUUCUACCUGCAAAGUCUCAGAGACGAAUAGCACUGCCACUUAUGACUCAUUUGAGAUGAUAGAGAAACCAUCCCUGUUGAAAUGUAAGAACAAAAAGCCUUCAAAACUGCCUCAAAGAAGUAUGUCUCUAAUGACCCUCAACAAAGGAGAGGAUGAUGGAAAGGGACACAAGAAGCCUUCCAAGAAGAACUGCAUCCAGUCCUGAGAUGAAGAGAGGGAGGACAGGAUCAGCUGGGAGAGACAGAGCCAGAGGACAUUUGAAGUAAUUGCCAUUAUCAGAUGCCGUAUUAGAUGUGGAGUAGUAGUAUAGUGAUUACAUGUCAUGGCUGGAGUAUAGUAAUGAUGGCAAGAGUAUAGUAAAUACAUGUCAUGGCAGGGGUAUAGUAAAUACACGUCAUGGCAGGAGUAUAGUGAUAACAUGUCAAUGCAGGAGUAUAGUGAUAACAUGUCAUGGCUGGAGUAUAGUAAUGACAUGUCAUGGCAGGAGUAUAGUAAUUACAUGUCAUGGCAGAAGUAUAGUAAUUACAUGUCAUGGCAGGAGUAUAGUAAUUACAUGUCAUGGCAGGAGUAUAGUAAAUACAUGUCAUGGCAGGAGUAUAGUGAUAACAUGUCAAUGCAGGAGUAUAGUGAUAACAUGUCAUGGCUGGAGUAUAGUAAUGACAUGUCAUGGUAGGAGUAUAGUAAUUACAUGUCAUGGCAGGAGUAUAUUAAAUACAUGUCAUGGCAGGAGUAUAGUGAUAACAUGUCAAUGCAGGAGUAUAGUGAUAACAUGUCAUGGCUGGAGUAUAGUAAUGACAUGUCAAUGCAGGAGUAUAUUGAUAACAUGUCAUGGCUGGAGUAUAGUAAAUACAUGUCAUGGCAGGAGUAUAGUAAUUACAUGUCAUGGCAGGAGUAUAGUAAUUGCAUAUCAUGGCUGGAGUAUAGUAAUUACAUGUCAUGGCAGGAGUAUAGUAAUUACAUGUCAUGACAGAAGAAUAGUAAUUACAAGUCAUGGCAGGAGUAUAGUAAAUACAUGUCAUGGCAGGAGUAUAGUAAAUACAUGCCAUGGCAGGAGUAUAGUAAAUACAUGUCAUGGCAGGAGUAUAGAAAUUACAUGUCAUGACAGAAGAAUAGUAAUUACAAGUCAUGGCAGGAGUAUAGUAAUGUCAUGUCAUGGCAGGGGUAUAGUAAAUACAUGUCAUGGCAGGAGUAUAGUAAUUUAAUGUCAUGGCAAGAGUAUAGUAAUGUCAUGUCAUGGCAGGGGUAUAGUAAAUACAUGUCAUGGCAGGAGUAUAGUAAUUUAAUGUCAUGGCAAGAGUAGAGUAAUGUCAUGUCAUGGCAGGGGUAUAGUAAAUACAUGUCAUGGCAGGAGUAUAGUAAUUUAAUGUCAUGGCAAGAGUAUAGUAAUGUCAUGUCAUGGCAGGGGUAUAGUAAAUACAUGUCAUGGCAGGAGUAUAGUAAUUACAAGUCAUGGCAGGAGUAUAGUAAAUACAUGUCAUGGCAGGAGUAUCGUAAUUGCAUAUCAUGGCAGGAGCAUAGUAAUUUCAUGUCAUGGCAGGAGUAUAGUAAUUUCAUGUCAUGGCAGGAGUAUAGUAAAUACAUGCCAUGGCAGGAGUAUCGUAAUUGCAUAUCAUGGCAGGAGUAUAGUAAUUACAUGUCAUGGCAGGAGUAUAGUAAUUGCAUAUCAUGGCAGGAGUAUAGUAAUUACAUGUCAUGGCAGGAGUAUAGUAAUUGCAUAUCAUGGCAGGAGUAUCGUAAUUGCAUAUCAUGGCAGGAGUAUAGUAAUUACAUGUCAUGGCAGGAGUAUAGUAAUUGCAUAUCAUGGCAGGAGUAUAGUAAUUACAUGUCAUGGCAGGAGUAUAGUAAUUGCAUAUCAUGGCAGGAGUAUCGUAAUUGCAUAUCAUGGCAGGAGUAUAGUAAUUACAUGUCAUGGCAGGAGUAUAGUAAUUGCAUAUCAUGGCAGGAGUACAGUAAUUACAUGUCAUGGCAGGAGUAUAUUGAUAACAUGUCAUGGCAGGAGUAUAGUAAAUACAUGUCAUGGCAGGAGUAUAGUAAUUACAUGUCAUGGCAGGAGUAUAUUGAUAACAUGUCAUGGCAGGAGUAUAGUAAAUACAUGUCAUGGAAGGAGUAUAGUAAUUACAUGUCAUGGCAGGAGUAUAUUGAUAACAUGUCAUGGCAGGAGUAUAGUAAAUACAUGUCAUGGCAGGAGUAUAGUAAUUACAUGUCAUGGCAGGAGUAUAUUGAUAACAUGUCAUGGCAGGAGUAUAGUAAAUACAUGUCAUGGCAGGAGUAUAGUAAUUACAUGUCAUGGCAGGAGUAUAGUAAAUACAUGUCAUGGCAGGAGUAUAGUAAUUACAUGUCAUGGCAGGAGUAUAGUAAUUACAUGUCAUGGCAGGAGUAUAGUAAAUACGUGUCAUGGCAGGAGUAUAGUAAAUACAUUUCAUGGCAGGAGUAUAGUAAAUACAUGUCAUGGCAGGAGUAUAGUAAUUACAAGUCAUGGCAGGAGUAUAGUAAAUACAUGUCAUGGCAGGAGUAUCGUAAUUGCAUAUCAUGGCAGGAGUAUAGUAAUUUCAUGUCAUGGCAGGAGUAUAGUAAUGACAUGUCAUGGCAGGAGUAUAGUAAUUACAUGUGCUGCUCAUUCUAUGUACUACUGUAAUGUUCCUUAGUGAGACUUGGUGUGAGACUGUGGACCGCCACUGCCUUAUCAGUUAGAGUAGUGAGAGUCUUCAAUGCCAGACCCACUUCCUUUAAUAUGAGCCUAAUGUUGUUGUUUAGCAGGAGUGAUCUGAUGCCACAUACCAGUGAGUGUUUCCUGAGUCCUGCCCGUCUCAGAUGGCAUUCACCACCUGUGUCAGGGAAAUGCCAAUACAGACUUGAUCGGUCAGUCAUUCGAUGCUUGAAAACUGAUCUUAUGUUACUGCUCACAUGUCAUAAGAAAUCAACAUGUUGUAUUGCUCUUCCCUGUAUCACUGUCAUUGAAACGGCUGCUUUUAAACCUAAAUAAAUGGAUGGCGUUAAAAACACAGGUAUAGAUGUAUUCUGAAUGUGUCUAUCCUUCAGGUUACUAUGGAGAAGGAAAAGUGAUCAGCUCUCUUCUCUCACACAAGGUAUCACCUUACCAAGGGCACUUUGUUAAAUUGUUAGUGGACUGGCCCUUAUCUCCACUGGAGUGUGUAGUGUCUGAAUAAUGGAUGUUGUUUUAACAGAUCAGACACCGAUCACACACUUCUGUGUUAACAUACAACAAUACAUUGUCUCUAAACCUAUGUGACAUUAUAAACAUGUCACUGGUCCAUGGCUAUAUCUGUCAUCUUAAUAAAAAAGAAGCAAUAGGGACUAAGACAUAUUUUGCUUAUUUUUUAUGCAUAGCAAUUACAAAGUGCAAAGGACAUUUUCUCAUUGAAAUUAUAGUGUGAAGUCUUGUGUAUAAAAAGGCCAAAGAUGUAUGACACAUACUUCAUGUAAUUGACUGACUUCAUAUCUCUGAUGUGUGACUGUUGUUUUAUAUGAAAUCAUAAUAUAAAAAAUCACUUGUC